AUGGACGCGGAGGAAUUGAACGACGACAAGAAGCCGCAAGAAGCUCCCCCCGAGCAACCCUCAAAAAUGUCUGACAACGCGAACAAUUGCGAGAUAGCGGUUUCACCGGGAAUUUAUGCUCCCGAAAAGAGCGGAGAAGUCAAGGAGCACAAUUCUGACAGUGAGGCCGAGUCGGAAGUUGAUGAUAAUACCACUGAGCUGACACAAGGUCCAUUGGGGGUCAACGAUCUCGCUACUGACGCCAAGGAUCUCGCAUCAACGCAGUAUCAGCAUCUGACAAUAUUGCAUGACUUUGUGAAGGAAGAGUUAGGUGAUGUUCUAAGUACGAGAAGCAAAAUCACGGACGGGACGUUGCAACAAAUCCAUUUUGAGGAUCUUUGGCACCUAUUUGAACCGGGAGACAUGGUCUACUCGACUGCGGAGAAUGGUUCCCCGCGGCUAUACAAAGUGUACUUCACCUCUGGAGGGCAGUCGCUCAAGCGGGCCCGUACCAGCGUUGAGGUGACAGAGAUCGACCACAUACGAGACAAAGUACGAUACUGGCAGCCUGCAGUUGGCCAGGGAGUAAGUGAAGAAGAGGCAGUAGACAAGAUGCUUCGCGAGGAGGGUUCCGGCAUCGGAACAUGGACCCCCUUCAAGGUUGACUGCUACAGUAUGUUGAGCGAUGGCGAGCGCUGUGGGCCUAUCGAAAAUUGCCAAAAGAUAUGGCCGUACGAAGGGUCAAAGGAGGUAACUGCAUUGGCCAUGUAUCCUUUGCGCUUCCAUCCCAAGAAAGACGAGUUGUUACGCGAUAUGGUCGAAAGAGGGCGCAGAUACCUCUUCAACGGCGGACACAAGAGCUACGAAGGCAAGACCAUCGCUUUGACACGAGAGGACAGCGAACUCGAGAUCCAGAGCGAUGUCUACGUGGACUCGUACGCAUAUAAUCAGGAUAACCCGCUUACGAAACCCAUCCUGGGAAGACUUCUACGGAGCAAGCAGAAUCCUGCGGAAGUGGAAGAGACUUCUCGGAACACGAUAUGGGUCCAGAGUGGGAACGAGAUAGAUGCCAAGUUUUCCGAUGACUUUAUGACCUUGAAUCGUUUGAGUCUGGAGCCAUUCGUGCCGAACGAGGCGAAUGUUAGCUCCGAAAUGCUUGCUCUGAUGCCACAUUGUAUCGAAGGGUAUGCUUUCCAGCUCCGAAAAUGGUUCACUCUGGACCUCAACUUGAUCGAGGACAUCGACCAUGAAUCAGCAGAAGCGCGGGCAGCAGGAUUUGACGACCUCGUAAUACCAAAGCGCUACCGCAAUCUCCUGGUAGCUCUUGUUGAUAGCCAUGCAUCCGGAUUUCAGCGUAAAGAGCUGAAGAGCAAGCAGCUUCCAAAGACAGCGGUGCCAACGCAGAUUGAUAUAGUCAGAGGCAAAGGCCAAGGCUUAAUCAUCUUGCUACACGGUCCGCCAGGUUCUGGCAAGACUUCCACUGCAGAAACCAUCGCUGCUUAUACCCGCCGCCCGUUGUACUCCAUAACAUGCGGCGAUAUUGGCACUGACCCAGAAAUAGUAGAAAAGAAUCUGCUUGAACACACAAGGAGGGCAGACCAAUGGGGGUGUGUCUUGCUUUUGGACGAAGCGGACGUUUUCCUUGUCCAUCUCGCCCAGCUAACUAUGCCAGUCUUCCUCCGCCAGCUCGAAUACUAUGCCGGUAUCCUCUUCUUGACGACGAAUCGCCCAGGCGUCAUCGACGAAGCCUUCAAAUCGCGUGUCCACAUCUCUCUCCGCUACCCAAGCGUCGAUCUCGACUCGACGAAAAAGCAAUGGACCAAUAUCCUCAAUCGCAUAGAAGCUGAUAACAAGACCGCUGAUGUCAAAGUCAUCUUCGAUAAGGAGCUUUUGCUCGAGUUCGCUCAGCGCCACUUCGAGCAAUGCGAACGCAUGGGUGUGACCUGGAACGGUCGCCAAAUCCGAAACGCCUUCCAAACUGCUCUUGCUCUGGGUCACUAUGAACGAAUUGGUAAGAUUCGCGAAGCAGGUAUGACGCCUGAGGAGGCUAUGAAGACAGGCAAGAAGAAGUGGCGCUCCAUCAAGUUGACGAAGGCCAAUUUUGCCAACAUCGCGAAGACAGCGAAAGAAUUUGAGCAAUACAUUGAAACGCUACGAGGCAAUGACAGCCAAAAUGCGAGGGAGUCGGAAUUGAGGUAUGAUGAAUAUGAUCCAGAGAGACCGCGUGCUAGGAAACAGUAUCCGGCGGCGGGGACUGCGAAAGUUGGCGUCAAGGGAUCGAGACCAGAUGUGUGGGCUGCAAAUCCGAGUGGAGGAAAGGGAAGGGCAAAGAGAUCUGUAAAAGUUGAGGAGCCUCUCGAGGAGGAGGACGGAGAAGAACAAGAAGGAGAAGAAGAGGACGAGGACGAGGACGACGAUGAAGAUGAAGACAAAGACAAAUAG